AUGUUCCCUGCUGCCGCUCGAGGUCGUCUUACUGUCCUCGGACGAGCUGCCUCUGCCGUACAUCCCGCCCGUUCUACGAUUCUCACAAUGGCCACUCGACGGGCCAACUCCUCCGUUCCGCAAGGAUACAAGGAGGAUCUGUCGAAAGGGAAGAUGCUCCGGUUUGAAGAUUCCUUGCCAAAACUCCCCGUUCCAGUUCUCGAAGAGACGGGCAAGCGAUACCUGAAAUCAGUCCACCCACUCCUUACCGACGCAGAGUUCAAGCACACCUCUAAAGCCGUCAAGGAAUUCGUCAGGCCAGGUGGUGAGGGAGAGCCUCUCCAGAAGCGGCUACUGGCCAGAGCAGCGGAUCCAAACCAUCCUAAUUGGCUGUACGACUGGUGGAACGAAGCCGCAUAUCUUGCCUAUCGUGACCCAGUUGUGCCAUAUGUUAGCUACUUCUACUCUUACCGGGACGACAGACACCGGAGAAAUCCCGCAAAGCGUGCUGCUGCCAUCACCACCUCCGUGCUGGAAUUCAAGAAGCAGGUCGACGAUGGAUCUCUCGAGCCAGAAUACCUGCGCAAGGAACCCAUGGCCAUGAGUUCCUACAAAUACAUGUUCAAUGCCUGCCGUAUGCCCGGUGAUAAAGUCGACUACCCCGUCACAUAUCCUCCCCAGGGCAACGAGCAUAUUAUCGUGAUCCGCAAGAACCAGAUCUUCAAGGUUCUGACCUACGUCAAUGGACAGCAGCUCAAUACCUCUGAGCUCCAGCAGCAGUUUGAGAAAAUUUACAAAACUGCAGAGAAAGUACAGCCAGUUGGCGUGCUUACCUCUGCAAACCGAGACUUCUGGGCCAUUGCCAGAAAGAACCUCAUCAAAGCCAGCACAGUCAAUGAGGCUGCACUGGAGACCAUACAGAGCGCAGCAUUCACCGUCUGCCUAGACGACGCCUCCCCCGUCACCCUGGAAGAGCGCGCACACUCCUACUGGCAUGGUGACGGCUGCAAUCGCUGGUAUGAUAAACCUCUUCAGUUCAUCGUCAACGAGAACGGCACCGCCGGCUUCAUGGGCGAGCACAGCAUGAUGGACGGCACCCCAACCCACCGCCUAAAUGACUACAUAAACAACAUGAUCUUCAAUGACCGCCUCGACUACUCCAACCCAUCAAUCCGCUCCACCCUCCCGGAGCCACAACCUGUCCGCUUUGAACUUAACGACCAAGUCGUUGAUGACAUUGCCACAGCUACACACGCGUUUAACACCGUCAUCGGUCAGCACGAGCUCCGCGUCCAGGCCUUCCAGGGCUACGGAAAGGGUCUAAUUAAGAAAUUCAAAUGCAGCCCAGAUGCCUACGUACAGAUGCUCAUCCAACUCGCUUACUUCAAGAUGUUUGGCAAGAACAGACCAACCUACGAGUCAGCCUCGACCCGCAAGUUCCAACUAGGCCGCACAGAGACCACCCGUUCUGUCUCAGACGAGAGCGUCGCCUUCUGCAAGUCGCAUGCUGACACCAAUGUCCCCCGUGAGGAAGUGGUGAAGAACUUCCGCGCCGCGCUCGCGGCACAUGUUAAGUAUACCGCUGAUGCUAGCGUUGGGAAGGGUGUUGAUCGACACCUCUUCGGCCUUAAGAAGCUCCUUAAGGAUGGCGAGAAGGUUCCGCAAAUCUUCCAGGAUCCGGCGUAUGCGUAUAGCGGGACUUGGUAUAUUAGCACUAGUCAGCUGAGCUCGGAGUACUUUAAUGGAUAUGGAUGGAGUCAGGUUGUGGAUGAUGGGUUUGGAAUUGCGUAUAUGAUUAAUGAGAAUAGUCUCCAAUUCAACAUCGUGUGCAAGAAGAUUGGCGCUGAGCGCAUGAGUUUCUAUCUCAAUGAGGCGGCGUGUGAGGUACGCGAUCUACUUAUGCCUGACCUCUUGACUGAGACGGAGAAGGCGAAGUUGUAG